CGCAUAUGGGCUUGCGAGUGGCACAUUCAAGUUGCUCAGCCACCGCAAGUACGAUGUCUUCGGUCUCACAAGUCGCGGCGUGCGUUUCAAUAGUAGCAAAUGUGUUAUGCGCCGGCACUGUCUUCAUUUUCCCCAUCUUGUCUCCGAGCCUUGCACACAAGUUGACGCAACCUCAGCUCACCUCGAUCGUAUUGGCAGGCAUUGCUGGCCAGUAUCCGUGCACGCCUUUUGUAGGUCGCUUGGUUGACCAGCGGGGGCCUCGUUUAAGCUCCCUCAUCGCCUCCGUUCUCUUUUUUGCAUCGUUUGGUUUAUCUGCCGUGGAAUUUCAGAGGAUUCUUGAGUCUCCCAGCGGCGCCUCCUCGACGUCUGCGUAUGUGCUAGUCCUGUUAUUUGCGUGCGGAGGUUUUGGAACCGUAUUCUCAUAUUUCUCAUCUCUCUUCGCGGCUACACGCAACUUUCCGGCGUACCCUGGUACCGCCUCGGGCGCAGUCAUGGCUCUAUUCGGACUAUCACCUCUGGUUCUGACCUCCAUUGCCACGCAUUUCUUUGCGGACGAGACGGGAAGCCCCGACUCCCUGCAGCUGGUGUCGCUAAUGAAAUUUCUUGCUAUCUUCACUGGUGUUGUCCACGCGGUCGGCUUCUUCUCGCUCAAAAUAUCAAACACUGCGCCGGUUCAAACUGAAGACCCGGACGAAACAACAUCUCUGCUCGCAAACCCGCCUAAAGUAGUUGCCGUCAAUUGGACUGAUCUAUUUCAUGACCGAUAUUUCUGGUUCCUGUUUGCUCUCUGUGUGUUAAUCCUUGGACCUUGCGAGAUGGUCAUGUCAAAUGUCGGGACCAUCGCACUUUCCUUACCGGCGACGUCGGGGUCGUCACCCGCCACUCAGGUCCAGACCCUUGCCACGGCGAAUACACUAACCCGCAUCAUAUACGGCUCCUUGGUCGAUCUUCUUUCGCCCGCUGCUGGCUCUUCGAGAAAGCAAUAUCUUAGUCGGGCAUGUUUUUUGAUCGCCCCCAGCGUCAUCUUCUGUGUCACGUUGCUUUUCACGGCAAUAGGCAUCCGAUCUAGGGAUGAUCUCUGGGUCCUUAGCGUUGGCACUGGGAUUGUCUAUGGUGCUACAUUCACCGUCUUACCAAGCAUCAUCGGCGCAGCAUGGGGCCCGCAAAAUGUCGGAAGAAACUACGGCAUAAUCUCCUAUGCGCCUCUCCUGGGGACCACCCUUUUUUCGUACUUGUAUGCCUUCGACGUGUCAUCUCAUGCGGCAGAUGGCCAAGUCUGCACUGGCAGCAUUUGCUGGGAGCUGACGUUCAUCAUCUCUACGUGUGCACAAUUAUUAGCUUUCUGUUUUGGUCUGGGGCUAUUGCAUGGUUGGAAACGACUGCUGUAGUCACUGGAAUCGAAUAUCGCCUUGCUUCCAUACUCAUAAGUAACAUCAUCAAUAGAUCCAAUGAUUUGAUCAUAUGUCAC